AUGCCUCGCCGCUGUGGCUGCAACGUGGACCUGGAUCUGCCCGGAGGUGUCGAUGCGCGAGUCGUGCUGCUAGAUCUCAAUGGGUUCAACGAGCAGUUGUCGGGACCUAUCAUUGAUCUCAUAGCAUUGAUCAACUCGAGGCGACCAUCGACCAUUUUCAGCAUCGAGUCAGAAAGCGGUGUCAAACUCACCAAUGACUUCACCACCCUCUUCCAGCGGGUACAUAACUUCAGCCCAACGAUAACGCAACUCCCUUCUGGUCCAUCCCUAACGACCAACAUUCCAACAUCACCACUGUCCACCAGCUUCCUCACAUCCCUACCCAGCGUUACCUCAACGAACUCUACAGACCCAAACACAAGAAGACUCCACCACCAAGUAGCAGUCGGUGGCACCUUCGACCACCUACACAUCGGCCACAAACUCCUCCUGACCGCUACAAUCCUCCUCGCCGACCCAUCACAACCCCGCAAAAUCACAAUCGGCAUCACCGGCGACGCCCUUCUCGUCAACAAGAAACACGCCUCUGCCCUCGAAUCUUGGUCUGUCCGCCAACAGCGCUGCGCUGAUUUCGUCGAAACGAUUCUAUGUUUCCACCCCAAUCCCUCAGUCAUCCGCAGUGUAGAGGAACGUAACGACGAGGAUGUGCCCAACGGGAAAGUAGUUGCUGUGACGUACACACCUAGCAAGGGAAGUGGCCAGACAGCGGAAGGAGACGAAUCGUCGAUAACGAUAAACUAUACUCAGAUCCAGGACCCAUUUGGGCCAACGAUUACGGAUGAGAAUAUCACCGCACUGGUCGUGACAGCAGAGACCAGGGCGGGCGGGAAAGCGGUCAAUGACAAGCGGGAGGAGAAAGGGUGGGCAGAGCUCGAAGUCUUUGAGGUCGGCGUGCUGGAAUCGGGGUCUGGAGAUGGAGAGGUAAAGGAGGGAUUCGAGGGGAAGAUUGGAAGUACGGAGAUCAGGCGGCGGAUCGUGGAACUGCAGCAGCAGACGGAGAAGUAG